CGGAUGCAGCAUGAGAGCACGUUGCAGAUUAGGAAGUAUGUUGGAGAUCAUAGUUGUUAUAGGGUUGGGGAGAACAGGAUGGUGAGAACACCAUAUCUAAUUGAAAGAUUCUCACACCAUAUUAGACUUAACCCUGGCAUGUCAACAGAGGCUUUUGAAACUCUUAUGUCUUCUGAAUUAAGAACACCAGUUUCACGCCAGCAAGCUUAUAGGACUAAGAGGGCUGCUCUUGAUAUGAUUGAGAGAAGUAUGCAGGAACAAUAUGCAAGGGUGCAAGAUUAUGCUAUGGAGUUGAAGAGGGUUGAUCCACAUACGACUGUGGAUAUCAAGUGUGACUUCAACAAUACACAACAAUUUCCCGUAUUCAAGAGGAUGUACAUAUGCUUAGGAGCACUUAAGCAAGGAUUCAAGGACGGUUGCAGACCUAUUUUGGGAUUAGAUGGGUGUCAUCUCAAGAGUCCAUACGGUGGUCAGCUCCUAUCAGCAGUUGGUCUUGAUGCUAAUAACCAGACCUGGGUUGUUGCUUAUGCUCAAGUGGAGCUCGAGAAUAAGGAUUCAUGGGUUUGGUUCAUGAGACUUUUGGUCAAUGAUUUAGAUAUCCGAGGAGAUGGAAAUGGCUUCACCUUUAUCUCAGAUAAACAAAAGGGGUUGCAGCGUGCAGUUGAAGAUGUGUUACCACUAGCAGAUCAUAGGUUUUGUGUUAGGCAUUUGUGGACCAAUUUCAACAAUCAUUUCCAUGGGAAGGAUAAGAAAGACCAGCUAUGGGCAAUUGCUAAGUCAACAACCAUGGCCUAUUACAACAAAGAGAUGGUCAUGAUGAACCAACUAGACCCGAAAGCGUAUGAGUGGCUACAACAUCCAGAUAGAAAUCCAAAGAACUGGUGCAGAGCACACUUUAAAACUAUUUUGAAGUGUGAUAUGUUGCUUAAUAAUCUGUGUGAGACUUUUAACGCUGCUAUCCUACCUGCUAGAUCUAAACCAGUAAUUUCAUGCUUUGAAGAAAUUAGGGUAAGGAUGAUGAAGAGGAUUGCUGUCAGGAAGGAGAAGAUGAGCAAGGUGAAAGAUCUAAUAUGCCCCAAUCCGAGGAUGAUCCUAGAGAAAAAUAAAGUAAAAGCUGGAUCAGAUUGCACUCCUCAAGCCACUGGGGGUAUGAGCAUUGAGGUAAUAAGCUUCACUGGUGGCAAAUAUGUGGUGAAUUUGCCUGCAAGGGAGUGUGCAUGCAGGAGAUGGGAUCUAACUGGGAUCCCUUGUAAACAUGCCAUAUCUGCCAUUAUUUUUAUGAGACAAAAGCCAGAAGAUUAUGUGGAUGCUUGUUACAUGACUCAGACUUACAUGGCCAUCUACUCUAACACAAUCCAGCCUGUAAAUGGGAUGGACUUGUGGAAUCCAAGUGAUGAACCUCCAAUCCUACCACCACAAUACAACAGACAACCUGGUAGGCCAAAGACCAAGAGGAUAAAAGAUGCUUCCGAGAAAGAUAGUGAUGGUCCUAAGCUUGGAAGGCGGCAGAGAUCUUUGAAGUGUAGUAUGUGCCAUGAAUUGGGGCACAACAUCAAGACAUGUCAUAGGCAUCUACCACCUAAGGCAUCAGCUCCUAAGGCUCCCAAGAAGCGAAAGCUGAAUAAUAGGGAGGGAUCAUCUGCUCAGGAAAAGGGUGUAGAAAAGCCCCUAAAAACAAAGAAUGAACUCAGAGCCAAGUUAGCAAACAAAGCCGAGGCAGCAAAGAAAAAGAGGGAUGAAAAAAAGGCUGCAUCAAGGGUUGCAAGUGCAUCUGCUCCAAGAGGAAGACCCUCAAAGGCUGGUGCAAGCACUAGUCAUGCUACUUCAAGCAAGGGUAAAGCAACACAAGCUUCACAAUCUUCUUCAAGGUCUUCUGUUAGGAUUCAAAAUAAUGCAUGAAAUAAUGGAAAAUAGAGCACUAUGGGUCUUCAAUGAGGUCAACAGCCAAAGUUAUGAAUUAGAGCUUCAUAGGUGCUUCUUUUGUGCAACCAUGAGACAUGUGCUAUGGUUGCUAGGUCUAAUCUUUUGC